GUAAGCAUAAACAGCCAUGCACAACGCAUGAGUUACCACAUUUUUCUCCCGCUUCAAAGUUGGUUAGUGUCAACUAAAACCCUGACUCUUCCUUGAUUUUUCGUGUUAGCCUCCUCGUUUUACUCUUACGUGAUAUAUUAUUCCAUCGAAAUGUUUGUGCGCUCUAGAAGACAAAAUUUUGAGACGGCUUUCAGUGAAAUCGGCAAGGAACCAUUCAGCCACGUUACUAUCGAACGAAAACCCUUUAGUUGAGAGUGAAUCACGUUUAUGAAUAAAAGCUCCUACCAAACCACGUAGAUACAGAACCAAUUAUCAAGAUUUACGAGGAUACUUCGCAAUAUAUAAUCCGAUGUCAUAUUUGCCCGUCAUAGUUUGUACCGAUUUCAAUAGAAGUCUGUUUUAAUCUUUAUACAGUGAAUUUGCUUUCAGCAUCAAAUCUUAGUAGAAAGUCACGAUGAUUCUAACUUUACAGACAGCAAUUUUCUUGGUUUAUUUGACCGUCCAUGCUACAAGCACUGUGAAUGUUACAUUUUUCGGAGGUAAGAAUUUUAAACUACCGAAGUGCGAAGUAGUCCUUUCAGGCUGUAAACCUAUUUGCGCUAAUUUGGUAGGUAAGGUCAUUUCAAUAAAGCCAUCAGUCAAAAACACUUGCAUGAAAUUCUAUACAACAGCUGACUGCAGUGGAGCACCACCAUCCUACCGCGGUUCUAUCAAUGACCUUGAUGGCGAUGGAAUUACUGAUUUAAUCGGUACACCGGCUAAGGAAUGGAAAGCGAUUGGUGAUUGCAAACAAUCGACCGGGAUUCCAGAUAACUCGGUUGCGUUGUUCCCUCAAAAAAAAUUCAAAGGAACGCCCAGCAUAGUAACAGUCAAGGGCUGCACACCGGUACCCAAUACUUUGGCCGGAAAAUCUGAGUCUUUUAUCUCCAAUACGCAGUGUUGUCAUCUCUACGCAACCAAAAAUUGCACUGAUGAUAAGCUUAUCCUAGUGCUCCAGAAAACUGAUUUCGGAACGGCAUAUGAUGAUUAUGACAGCUUCAGUGAUUGGAAGAGUUUUAGACAAAUUUCCGCCAUUGGAGAUUGCAAACAACCUUGAAUGCACUGAUAAAAUAAUUUUUCUUUUAAAAAUAAAACAAAAAUAGGUGUGAAAAAUAAACUGUUUUUAGAACCAA